UAUCUGGUUCUUCUCAUGCGCCAUCUCCACGGGAAUUCUGGAUGAUGAGUAUGUGUUAUAAACUUAUAAUCCAAAUACCUGCUCGGUCAGCUUCUGAAGAUGGGAAGUUCAGAGUUCAAGCAAACAAAGUGGAUCUUGUUUCCAUGGCCUAAACAUGCCAGCUCUGACUGUUGAGGCUUUAACCUGUAAUUUGCAAGAGUGCCCACCAAGGAAAAUACCUUAUUAAAUACAGGUAUGUCACAGCUCAAUGUUAGGUUAGCGACCCAUUAAGUAAUUGCAUGGGCGUGCAAUUAUGCUGAAAUCGACCAUCAGACUAAACCACAUCUUUUUGAUUGCUUCUUGUUGCCAAUUGCUGGAACAUGAUAUUGUGAUGCCUCAUCUCAAGGACACUAGGCACAGAAAACAAAAUGUACUAAACAUGAGAAGACUUUAGUGUUGCGAUCUCUAUGCGUCUGCCAGAUGUCAAGGCAUAGCAGACAGCAUGUGGCCGAUGUAAUGGCAUGAUUCUUCAUGUCUACCAAUCAGAUGCUACAAUACAGCUGUACACAUCUUCUGUAUAAAUAGGCGGCAGCAGAACGGGUAGAUACAUCAAACAAGAAGCUCUUACUCUCUGCUCUUCUCCUCCUCUCAUCAACCACAAGGCAGCGAUAACCUUCAAGCUCAGAUAUGGCUUUCCACCAAAGAUCGACAAGUUUGCCUUCUAGGCCUCACGUCAGUGAGACCGAAGUCGAGCUAGAGCUUCACAGCCUAGAAGCAAGCAUCUCUUCCUCCACUUCCAUCAGCACGAUGUGCGAUGAUCUCAGGAGUCUUGCAAACAUCUACGAUGCUCUUGAAGAGAUUAUUUGCCUACCAAGCAACCAAGUUUGCUCAGCCCAGCAGAGGAGCAUGUUGGAUGGAGAAAUGGAAGGUUCUCUCGAGCUGCUAGAUCUCUGCAGCGUCAUGCAAGAGAUCUUCGUCGAGAUGAAGGCCAUCAUCCAAGAGCUGCAAGUGGCUCUAAGGAAAGGUGAUGAUGCAACUACUCAAGCCAAGAUCCAAUCUUACACCCGCUUGGUGAAGAAGUCCAAGAAUCUUUUCAAGAAAACCGCGAAGAAGGCUCCUGCAGAUUGUAGCAUGGUCAUGCUGUUGGCCAAGGCUAGAGAGAUCUCGGUGUCUCUCCUGGAGUCCACACUCCGUCUCUUGUCGAAGCAAAUCGAAAUGCCUAAACAGUCUCUUGUUUUCAAGGCAUUUCAGAAAAAGAAGGCAGUGGUUUGCAAGGAGGAGCAAUUGUCAGGGCUAGAGUGCAGUAUCGGCGAUCUCGAGAGCGGAGCAGGACAUCUGUUCAGGAAAUUAGUCCAGAGUAGAGUUUCUCUACUCACCAUCCUUAGCUCAUAGAUACUCCUGAGUAACUCUUGACGCCCUUCGAUUGGCAUCCGCCUUUUAAGGAAUAGCUGAUCUUCAUACAAUUUUCCCAUAUGUAUACACUAUACUGUAUAAAUGUACAUGAUAGUAUAGAAAGAGAAACCAAAGUUUUGAUCAAUUUGGCCAUUUCAUGCUCGAAGAUGCGUUUGUGAUACUUUAUGUCGAUAUCCUUGGCUAGUGGAUCUUGCUUCUUAUGCAGGAAACAUGCCAGAUCAAAGUCACAAGGUUCAUCGAUUUCAUUACCCAGAUUCUCCACCACCACCACGUGGCUGUGCAGUCUGGCACUACUAUUGAAUACAUGUUUCAUACAACAAUGUCCAAACUUUUCUUUUAUUUCAUACAACAAGGUCCAAACUAG